AUAUGGUUAGAUUAAGUUGACAGUUAACAAAUGUAAGAUUGUGUUUUAACAAUUUCACUUCGAUAGAUUAGAUUCUAUUGAAAAAUAAUGCGUUAAAUUGUAAGCAAUAUGUUACGGUUUACAAUCUUUCAACAAUUCACAAUCUUGCGGGAUAGGUUAUAAUCUAACGGUAUUUACAAUUUUUCGGUGACAAAUAUAUAACUGAAAAUAAGUUCCUGGCUGAUUAAAAAAUGAAGAAGAGAGAUGACUUAUGAAAGAUGUAAUCUAACAUAACCUAAUCUCGUAACUUCUGGACUUGGGCCAUACAUAAUUACUUUUUAACAAGUCUUAAUAUUAUUUAAUAAUUCACGUUGAAUAUUAUGUUAUAACAACAUUAAAAUGUCUUCUUUAUUAUUUAGUUUGCCAGAAUUAUACCAAUCAUAUAAAUCAUGGGUAAGCAAAAACCCAAACAAUAUUGGAGAUUGGGAAACAAGUGUGAAAUGGAUAUCUUAUUUCUUGGCAGGUAGAAUAAAUAAUUCUCAUAUAGUGUCGGAACUAAUUUACUGUCUCUCUAAUCUUCUUGUUAUGUUUAAUGAUAGAAUUAUUAAGAAAGCUUAUCAAAUUGACAGUAGUGCAAGUGUGGAAAAGAUCAAACUCUGGUUGACUGUGAUUGAAUAUUCUGAGGUUUUCUGUGAACUUUCAGCAAGUAAACUUUGGGGCAACACUGGAAAAUGGAUUAUUAUUGUAUCAAUACAAAUUUUCAAAUGUAUUUCAAGAAUGUUUUUAAUAUUCCACUAUAAAGAACCAAUCAUUCAGAAUCCAUCGAUUCCAGUAUUAAAUAGAAAAACUAUAACUCAUCAGAAACGAAAUAUAUCACAAUCUGAAUUUGAUUCAAUUUCUUUCACUUUGAAACGUUCUGGGAGAGUUAUGAGAAAGAUAGAUUCUUCUCCACCAAUAGGUUUAAGGGACUGGAAACCAUUACCACAAUUAGGAGCCGAUAAUAGAAAUCAGUUGCUUGAAACCACUAUAAGUAAAAGACAGUUGAUUGCAGAAAGUAUUUAUAUUGCUAAACCGAUUAUUCAUCUAACGUCAAUGGCUUGUUUUGGUACCAAAACAUGGAAACCAUGGAUGAUUUCUCUAGCUUUAGAUAUUACAAGUAUGGAACUAUACCGAUCCAGUACAAAAAAGAAUAUCCAAGCUUUGACGCCACAGCAGCGUUUACAGAUAUCUAAAAGGACAAUGCUUUUGAUAUUAUAUUUCUUGCGAUCACCUAUGUACGAACGAUACAGCAAAGAUAGAAUUCAUUCCUUUUUGAUGGGUUUGAGCAAAGUACCAUUAGCUAGCAUUAUUUGUACUCCAUUGGCACAAUAUUUACCAUUUUGGCAAAAUACCUACUUCUACAUGUGGUCUACAUAGAUUUAAAUUUUAAUCAAGCGUUGAGGUUUUUUCAUAACAUAUAUCUAUAAUUAUUAUUUUUCACGACUAUUCCCAUAUUUAUUAUGCAAUUUUUUUAAAAUGUCAAACUUUUUUAAUUUGCGAUUGAUUUAGUUAUAAAUAACCACCAAAAAAAUUAUACCAAAGAUAAAAAUGUUUAAAUAACAUGGAGUUGUAGAAAUCAACGAAUUUAGUACUCAAUUUUCAAGUUUUUUAUUUACUUACAAUCAAUUUAUUAGCUGACAAAAGUUUACCAUACUUUAGCUUUAGAGUAAGAGUUAAGAAGAAAAUGUGUGCCAAUAUUUUGCUCAUUGGUACAAUAUCUGUAAGUUCCUUAUUUGGGAAGCAAGUAUAAUCCUUCUAACUGAAAUACCAAUAAACUGUUUCCCAGUUUUCAAUCGAGGUAUUCCCGAAAAAACAGGUUUUCAGAACGAAAAUAAAAUUAUAGGUUACAGAUUGGUAAAUACAGUCAAAACCUGAUAUAGCGACAUUGAAGGGUCCGUAUAAUUGCCGACGUUAUAUCCGAUAGUUGCUAUAAGGAAUACAUAUAUCCAAGUACAGUAGUUAUAUUAGUUGUGUAGUUAUAUUAUCAUAGGUAUCUAUCUAGUAUAGUUAUAAGUUAUGUAUGUGAACUUGUCAAAUGAAAUGUCAGAAAUGAAAUAUUUAUUAAGAAAUAAUUAGAAUACAAAAUGUACUUAGCUGCUUAUAGUACGAGUUCUAGAUUUUAAAGUUUUCAGUCAUAGCAUUUAGAGCCUCGGAAAUUGUUGUUGGAGGAAACCAUUCUUCAGUGUUACGAUUGUUACUUUCAGCUUCUGCAAGAAUUUCUUCUUCGGUAGCUAAGGCGCACACAGCGACACUGUCAUCUAUUCCAAUAAAUUCCUCUAUCUCAAUUCUAUCUCUGUAGCAGUAGAUCUUUGCAACUGAGCAACCAAUUCAGCAAGUGGAACGUUGUCAUCUUCAUCUGUAGAUUGUAUCAUUCUCGCUUACGGAAUAUCAUCGUCGUCCUCCGCUUGUGAUGGAGAGAGAUCUUUGAAACCUGCAUGGCGAAAGGAGUUGGCUAUAGUGGUCUGUGUGACCUUUUCCCAAACUUCCGAUAUCAUUAGAAUUGUAUCCAGAACAAAAGACUUUUAGUAUCUUUGCUGUUUUCAAUAUUCUGUAUAAUUUAUAGCACUUGACUGGGACAAGAAGCGGUUGGUUGUUAUAGUCGAUGAAUAUCGAUAAAGUUUCGUCGUUGUAAGCGAUAUGUCGCUGUAUCCGAUGUUGUUAUAGGAGGUAUAUUUGCGGAAUAGUGUCCUCGAGAUUCGGGCGGGCAUUUACAUCUGGCUGUAAUAACCGAUCGGUCGUUGUAAACGAUGUCGUUAUAAUCGGUUUCGACUGUAUAGUAGAUUUGAUAGAUAAUUAUUUAUGAACCUGUCAGACGAAACAUAAUUUUUUUGAUUUAUGAGGAACAUCCGUCUCAUAGACGGAUAUGGGAAUUUAGCUUCUUUUUUGUGAAUUUAUACACUUAUCUUACUUUUUUUGUUCAAAGGUCAUCAUCAAUAACAGAAACUCAUUAAUCUUAAAAUUAUUUAUUUAUUUAAAUAGAAUGUGAAACAUAAUUGCUGACUAUCAGUCAAAAACAAUAGUUAUAAUAAAAUAAUAACAAAUAUCUCAAGGAAUUAAAACACAAAUAGGUAACAUGAGCAAUUCCUACCAGUCAAAUACAAGAAAAUCUUGUUACGGUCCGGUGAAAAUCAGCGAAUAUCCGAUAUCGAUGAAGAGUAGGGUUAAACUGAGGCACAUACGAAACCCUUUAUUUGAUCCCUAACGAGAUCUAGUACCAAAUCUGUAUACUAUAUCAGUUUGGCAGAUGGAUAUUUCGAUUGAAGGGUUUUUUAUUAAUAGUGAUAAUUAAUACUCACCAGGUCCCAUAAAAUUGAGUUGGAUAUUUCUAGUGCUUCCAGAAUUCCGGAAAUGCCAAUUACGUAAUUACGCAACUUUUUUCUUCAAUUCCUUAAUACGUAAUUUUUCCUAUUUUUUUUAAUUGACUGAAUUUUCGUGAAUAUUGUAGAUAGAGUAUCUAUAAUUUUUAUAAUAGGGUCCUUGCAUACUUUUUUUAUACCUUAACUACGUUUAGUAUAUCUUCUUAAUCACACUAUUUUUUAAUUUUUUUUAAACGGCAAAUUAGAUUAAAAAAAUGAAUAAAUUUAAAUAACUGAAUGGCGCGCCAAAACGCAUUUGUUGUCAUAUGACUGAGUGUGACGUAGAAAGUAAGUAAACAGACUUAAUAUUAUUGAACCAGAAAUGGUAUGCACAUUAUAUUUUCUACAUAGACAUUGUCAUACUCCACAUGAAUAACGCUAAUUUCAUUAUUAAUUUCGAAUGAUGGAUCUGCAACCCAGAAUAAACUCCGUUUCUUAUUAAAUAAAUGCAUUUGCAGGCUUAUUUGUGCUUUACACUUAUUUGUUAUUAACCCAUCUUUUAUACAUAAAUUAUAUGUUUUUGCACUCGAGGGACAUAUUAUUUCUCUUCAUAUUGAUCAUUAAUAGCAUCUGGAGAUGCUCCUAAGUAGGGAUACUAGGGUGAUAGUAGUAAUCCUACAGGUUAUGAUUUAAUUUUCAUUUGUGCUUCAAUGAUCAGCAAUAUUUUUUUUUCAAAUGUUUUUCCUCUUUGCAUCGCUACAGUUUCCUUUAUUUUUAAACUGCCCACAAUUUGCUCCACUAACGUGCCUAUUGGUGUUUUACAACUUCAUAAAUGCAGGAUGUCAUAAUACGUCCAUAACGAAGUUGAUGUCACAACUUGUUAUAACUUCGGUUACUUGUGGCAUUAACAAGCUUCUCGACAGAUUUCUUCUCUCGUGUGUCUGUGCAUAUUCCUGGAAAGCAACUGCAGUGCUGCGUCCUUCUGAUAUAAAGCCCAUCAGAAGCUGGUGUACACCUAAUUUAUUACAGGAUGUAUACUUUAUAAAAUACUUUAAUAUAUGGCAACUUAAAUUUUUCUCCUUGGCAGUAGAAACAAAAUAUCGGUUGCGUACUUUGUGCUCAGGACAUAUUCUACCUUUUAUAAUACAGAAAGCACCUUCUCGUUUUAAUUGGACGUAUCCAAUGGCAGCAUCCUCAUAGGUGCUUCGAUCAGCACUGAAAGAUAAUACAAAUGUUUUGACAUCGAAAGCUUUAAUCAAAAUAUAACCUUAUGACAUUUUAAUAAAGUUCAAGCAAAUAAAUGUGAUAAUGACGUUACUAUAAGAAAGUCCAAUUAGUAUGUGUUUUUAACUCCACAUAUUUCAACUGAAGUUAAUAAUUGAUUAUUAGCAAAGAACAUAGCAACCAUGAAAGCAUCUACCUUAGAUAGAUUGUUCGAUCUUGCUUCGAUAUCCUAUUUCGGCCGAUAUUUCAAUUAGAAUAGUCUUGGAAACCCUUCCUAAAACAAAAAUCACACUAAACAAUCAAUUACCUCCACUCACAACCACAGAAUGGCGUUUGAAAGGCGACACGCGGCGACCACGUUUCAGUAUUUACUUAGUUUCUACGUCACAACCGCAGUAACCAAUAUUAACAUGUUUUCUGUCACGUGUUAUUAUUCAAAUUAUCAUCAAUUUAUAUUUGCGAUUUAUAAUAUUUUCAGUUAUAAUAAAAUACAGUUCAAACCAAAUUUAUAAAUAAGAAGUGAUAUAUAAAUUUUUAAAUAUGUUAAAUACCCAAAUUACCAAGCACUGCAAGGACCCUAUUAUCUUUUACUAUCUCAAAUUCAAGUAAUUAUCAAAAUGAACACAAUAUUUAAACAAAAAAAUAUUUAUUCAAGAACUUUUCAUCGUACAUCAGUUAAGUCAAAUAAUUUUUUUUCGUUCUUUCUUGAAAAUGUGAUCAUAAAUGACAAGGCAUUUAAAAUUUUGUCUCCUAGGAACUUUUUAGUUGACUAUAUAUGACGGAUGAAAAGGUUCGCUCGGCUUCAACACUUGUAGGCAUUAUCGAAAGCAAUUAUACGCUGCAGUCAAAAAACUUCGCGACCGCCGCCAGCGCUGUCGUAAAUUUCUACCCUAAUAAUGGAAUGGAUAUCUGUGUUUACUGUUGAAAUUGAUUUAUUUACAGUCACUUUCUUUAUUUCUUUGUCAACUCCUCGUCACUGGUGGUAAUUGCGUCCGAUGCUCUCGGUUAUGGCUAUGUAUUUAACAUCUUUGUGCAGAAUUAUCUUUCAACAGUUCCACUAUAUACAUUCGUAUAUCAUCCGAAGAUGGUUUCAUGAAAUAUUCUGUGACAGCAGUUUAAAAAAAACCCUCAUUGUUAUGCAAAUCUUGCAAAACAUCGUAUAUAUUUGUUCGCCUUUCCUUUAUUCUCUUUCUAAGAGAUUUGGCUAAUUUUCCACGUAGAUCGUUUGACUAAAGAUUAAGUUCCUCUAGCAUAAUUAGAGGCGCAACGUUUGAAUCACGGCAACAUAAUGACAAAACAGUAGUUUUUAUUACUUCCAAGUUGUAAUGAAGGUCUUGGGUCUCUUCGUCUGUAAAUUUUACAUUUGAUUUCAAAUCUAGUAACGUCUUAAAAACUCACGAUUUUAAUUUGAGAAUUCGGCCUACCAUAUAUGACAAGAAGUUCCAUCGUGUGUUACAGUCUAGUAUUAGGUCAAUAUUUUUACCAUUAUCUUCUAAAAUGUGCCUUUGCAAAAAGUCGUUUUUCAAAAGGGAGUUUUAAAAAAAAAAUUUAGAUCUCUUAAUUUUUUUAUAGUACCUUUGUAUCAAAAUCCAAUUCUAGAAUUCUGGUUGAUUCUACAACAAACGCAUCCUCUCGAAUAGUUAUAUGACGAUCCUCUUCAAUUAUGACUUUUAUUUGGUCAUUAUCAACUCAACAAAAAUCUCCAAAACGGAAUUUUUUAUAUCAAUUCUAACACGUUAGCGCUCUGUUAAGCAACGUGAACAAAAGAACUAGGUUCACGAGUUGAACCGCGAUGGAAUUUUGAAAAUUCUCUACGUUUCGGCUCCCACUUUGGAGCCAUUAUCAAGAGAAGGGUGGGAACAGGGUGGUUAUUCGUUCAUUGGUAAGAAGUGAUCCGAAUCCGUGGUCUUAAUCUGCCUACUCAAUGCAACGAAUCACCCCUUUUUCCUGGUUGAUUCCAAGACCUCAAUCUGCCUACUCCUUAAAAUUUUACCGAGGAAAAGAAAAGCUGAAACAAAAAAUAUAUAGAGGUUGAAACAGAAAAUAAAAAUAAUAUGCUUACCAUCAAGAACACUGUUGACAUUAACACACACUCACUGCUGGUCUUAGCUGCGUUUUUAAGACCAGAUCAAUGAACGAAUAACCACCCUAUACCGUCUCUUGAUAAUGGCUCCAAAGUGGGUGCGGAAACAUCAAGAAUUUUUUAAAUUCUAACGCGGUUCAACCCAUGAACCUAGUUCUUUUGCGUGUCGGUGUUAGGCCAAGCGCCGGGUACUUUUUUACAAAGUUCUAGAGUACAGUUUUUUUUAAUAUAUUCAGGGGUGCCCCCUGAAUCUACAUCCAAGUAGGCUUCAUUGGAAGCGCCCGAGUCAGCCGCUCCAAACUUUUUACAAUAUUUAUCAUGAACCGUUAACUAUAUAUUGCAAAAAGUUUGGAGCCUUAUAAUUGAAAAUCUAUGCUUUAUGCAAAAAAAGUUUCAAAUAAAAAAUAUGUAAUAAAUAUAGUAACUUGUCGUACGUAUAAAUUACUAUAUUUGUCGUACGAUGCGCGAUUCACAAGAUUUCGAUAAAACGUGUUUUUCAAUAUGGCGGCUGACUCGGGCGCCCCAAAUGACGCCCACUUGGAUUUACAUUCAGAGGACACCCCUGAACAUAUUUCAAAAAUAAAUCCGUUCUCUAGAACUUUGCAUUUGAACUUCUAUCUUUGCUCUGGUGCAUGGCCUAUGUAGUUGUUGCAGUAAACAGUGUGUUCAGUAAAAAACUCAAAAAUCUCCUUAAGUCCUUAAGGUGAUCAUCAAAAGUAAAUUUUAAUAUUUGCAUAAUAAAUUACAGUGGAAUUGCAUUUGAUGCGUGUUUCAGAUAAUAUAGUCAUAAUAUAUAUCAUGAAACAGUUAAUAUAACAAUAUUUUCUUUAAUCUGGGUUUAUUGGUAAGUAGUGAACUAUAUUGUAAUUUGUAGAAAAGGGAUUUUAUUGUGAUCUAGUUGAUUUAUUGUUUAAUAAAUUCAAAGUAUAAAUUUAAAA